CGGGACCGGAAGCAGAAGUUCAGACGCUUAUAUACUGUCAAUGUUUGUAGUAGUCAGCUAGCUACUAACCCUGCAGCUCUUUUAAAUCCUUAAAAAACGGUUAUAAAACCUAAAUGAAUCGUUAUAUUUUGAAAAUCGGAAAGCACGUAUUUGUUUGUUGAGGCUACUCUUACUACGGUAUAUCCUAUAUCUCUGCAGUAAGUCAUCAUGGGCGAGGUGGAGCUGUCCUGUCGGGCCUAUGUGAAGAUGUAUCUGCACGCCUGUCUGUUUCCGCGGUGCAGCAUCAACGGCCUGCUGUUGUCGUCCAGCCCGGCAGGCGGCCCCGUCUGUGUAACAGACUGUGUCCCGCUGCUUCACUCCCACCUGUCCCUGGCUCCCAUCACUCAGCUGGCCCUCACACAGGUGGAUGUGUGGUGUUCACAGACUCAGCAGAGGAUUGUGGGAUACUAUCAGGCCAACGCCUGCGUAUCAGAUAGCAACCCAACUCCAUGCGCCAUGAAGAUAGCUGAUAAGAUUUCUGAGCAGUUUGACAACGCAGUUUUGUUAAUGCUUGAUGGCAGUAAGAUGUCUUCAGACUAUCGGGUUCCUCCCAUUGUGAUGUACGAGCGCAAAGACUCAAAAUGGCUGCUCAAAGACAAACACACGAUAAUGCUGCGACAGUGGGAGGAGACUCGGGCGAUAGCCGGUCAGAUGCUGGAGUCGGGCGAUCACGAGCUAUUGGUGGACUUUGACAGCCACUUGGACGACAUUACAAAGGACUGGACCAAUCAGAAACUGAAUACCAAGAUAGCCGAGCUCGCCUCGCCGGCCAACGGGAACAUCUAGACGUAGACAGAGUAGCAUCAGUUUGUACCAGAGCCCAUAUUUAUUUAUGUUCUCACCCACUGUCAUGUGAUUUUAAUAACCCGACACAAACCACACAGUUUAGGUUUAUUUUUAAUGCAUUUUUUUCGACUGAACAGGGACAUUACGUAGAACAUGCAUAAAUAACAACAUAUGUACAGCUUGAUAGAUCUCCCCCCCCCCCAGAGUGUGCCUUGUGGUCCAGCCCAACACCCUUCUGAUUUAAAGGACAUGUUCACCCUAAAACACCAUUUUAACACUUUUACCAUGCACCUGUGGUCCCAUUUUUGUCUUUUUUUAUUGUUAAAUCCCAUGUACAUUACAAGCUCCAGGGGGCUGGACAAAAUAACAGAAACACCGUUACAAAACAAAAGUCCUGCAGUAAAAACAAUUUUGUUGAAGCUAAAAGUUUUUUUUUUUUACACUACACUAAAAUGUAGUUGUAAGCAGAUAUAAGGACAUUUUUAAGUGUUUAUUAAUGCAUUUCUCAACAACUAUAACUCCUCCAGUGGAGCAGCGGGACCGUGGAAUGGAUAAUGAAUGACAAUAUAGUAAAACACAAUAUGUCUUUGUAGGAAAAGUUAUAAUUGCUGACAAAACCGUACAUUAAUAAACACUUAAACAUGUCCUCUUAUAGCUGCAUACAACUACAUUAAAGUGUGUUAUAGACAGUUUAUUAAAAGCUUAUAUAGUGCUUACUAAAACUAAAUGAAGGGGUUAAAGUAAAGUGUUACUAUCACAACUCUUGAAAUAAGAGCUUUUAGAAAAUUGCCUGAAUGACUGGUGCAUCAGUGGCUACAAAAUGAUGUUAUUUAUGCAAAGGAUAUGUCCUACUUUUGCAAAAAAGUAGGACAUAUCCUUUGCAUAAAAAUUUCAACUGCACUAGAAGAGGAACAGUGUUGCAUGCACUGCCACACAGACACCUAGCGGGAUAUUUGUCUGACAACACGCCAGACUACCACCUUUAAGCCUCAACAAAAACCAAAUAUUCUGAGCUUCAGCAGACUUGUUUUUACUACAAGACUUUAGUUUUGAAAUGUCUGUUUUUGUCCCUUUGUCCUUUUAACUAUCCAUAACAACCGUAAAACAUUUUAAAUGUUUAAAGCAGUGUCCGAAUAUAGUGCAACUCUCAAAACCCAAAUCCCAAGUCUUAACUGGGUACACUCUUGUAAAAUUUGAUUUUCUUUCUCACACAUUAACACACAAUAAUAAAAAUGCACCGAUUGUCCCAGAUGAAUAACAGGAGUAAAGAAUGUUGGGUCUGCUUCAAACCUCGAGUCUCAUCAACAGUGUGAAACGUUUAUCUAUGAAGAAAAAAGAAAAAAAAA